AUCACCGACUUCCACCCCCUUGAUGUUGCAUUGCAUUUCAAUAAACGUAAUAAGAAGAUCGUAAAAUCGUGCGAUAACAGUUAAACGAAAACGGCGAUAGUAGCGUGAAAACAGAUUAAAAGUUCUUUGAUAAAUACGGAAGGAAACUUCUCACAAGGGAGUGCCGUGAAAUAAAAAACCUGAAGAAACAAAAAGGUAUUAUUGCGUUUUCUACCUUCCAAUAACCAGAACAGUUGAAAGUUCGAGUCACUGAUGGAUAAAAGGUUUCUUAAAGUAAUCAAAGGAAAGAACAGGGAAGAACAUAAAUCACAAUAUUUUUUUCGAACAGAGCCUUGAAUACGCACGAAGUGUAACCAGUUGUUCUUGAAUCUUUAGAUGCUCAACUUCAUAAGAUGCGUUAUUCAAAAUAAAUGAUUUGUAUUAAUGGAAAGAUGAAUAUAUAACAUUAACAGAACUAAAUAUAAAAACAAAUUUUAUGAUAAUGACGAUAUUAUUAUGCAGCGCCUAAGGAAAUUUUUGCAGAACAACACAUAUAUAGCGCGUUAAACUUUUCGAUCUCUGGCACCGCUAUAAUUGAUCGUUGUCUGAGAAGUUUUGAUGAAAUCUAUGAGUAUGCCAAUAGACUCCACAAACAUGAUAAUAAUUAAUGAAUCGGCGGCGCAAAGCGCGAAUAUAUCGAAUCAGAGCGGCAAUGUCGAUGGUGUAUUAUAUCUAUAUGGAACACCGCCGCUGAUUCUCUUCUGUGUCAUUUCAAUAGCCGUAAAUAUCAAGGUUCUUAUAAGCGUGUUUUGGAUAAGACGCCCGCUCAGUCCGACGUUGUACAUCAGUUUAAGUUUAGCAGGUGCAGAUGCUUUUUCCAGCACUGCUCUAGGCAUAGGACUAAUCAUGAAUAGUUUCAUACCCAAUGGUCUUGGAAUUAAAUUGAAAGGUGUAGAUUGUUUUUUAUUGGUACUCGAAGUUGUGAGAUUGGGAGGAGUGAUAAUUACUGUAUUUCACCUAAUGGCUUUAGCUGUCAAUCAUUACCUGGGUAUUCUCAAACCACUCCACUAUCUUUCGAUUCUGACGUACAGGAAUACCACGAUUUUAUUAGUUUUGCUAUGGGUGCUACCAAUUUCUUUUUUCGCGGUGUAUUUUAAUUUAGUUGAAGAUGACGGUUUUCAAUCUGAAGGAUGCAAAAAAAGUGUAUUUCUCUCUCACAAGCAAUUUCGAAUGUUGUUCAGUAGUCUUUUUUUCGGACCCUUUGGUCUGAUGGUCUGCAUUUACAUACACAUAUUCUGUAUAGUAAAAAAACAUCAAGCCAUGAGAUUACGCUUUUGCAGAGCAGGUUCUUCUGUUCGUGGAAAAACAGCGGAAGCAAUGCGUAACAAUUCUAAACAAAUGGCACGGAACGUUAAAGCUGUCCAUACAACUUUAUACAUACUUGGAAGCUUCGUAAUCGGCUGGAUGCCUGGGGUAAUAAUGUACAUGUUGUUCUGUGACGACUGUAUAUUGCAAUUAAAAGGGGUAUCGAUGCAUACCAAAUUCUUCAUCUACGCCGUAAUUAACGGUCUUAUUAUCCUGAAGACUUUGGUCAAUCCCAUUAUUUAUGCAGCCAGAAUGCAUGAGAUUAAGAUCGCCACGAAGCGAAUGCACAACGCUUUCUGUGAAUGGACGACGCUCACCAAUUUUACUACUAACCAAGGAAUUAAUAGAAUGUACAGCAGCGAGGAGAGCAAACAUUCGCAAUCAAGAACCGGCACUUGUCGAUUAUUCCAUAAUAUAAGCAUCCGAAAAGCACGAAACGGAAACACGUACGUGUGUGCGGGUUAUAAUACACACGAAUACGGUAACACGCUUGUAUAAACCGCGCGAUAUGCGAGAGAAAAAUAGAGAUACAUGGCAAAAAUAUUUUUUUGCAUAUUUUAGAAGUCAUGUAAAUACGAAGUACAAUUAAACGAGCGAAAUAGCAGCUAUAAAAAUCUUUUAAUAGUGUAUUAAAAAUCUUAUUAUUUUAUUUCUCUAUUUUGGUCUUCCUUCCGUUAUUUUGACGUUGCUAUAACGACUAUUCCAAGUCAGUACGUUGUAGCUAUUUUUCGUAUUUAUGUAAAUUUUUGUAAAAAAUUUAUGGUAGAAAUUAUUUCGUUAAAAUCACACUUAAUAAGUGUACUUGGUGACAAUAUCUCAGUAUUUUUUGCAAUCAUAUUCGUUUGUUAUACUACGCUCGGAGUCGAAUAGACUUCUAUAUAUAUAUGUUCCAUUACAAUUUUAAUAAAAUACAUAAAUUGAAGUAUUUUGUAACACGGUGACAUAUAAUUUUAUUUCGCAAUAUUUUUUUAAUUGCAUAAUACAUUA